AGCACAGGGCUCCUCUACUUCCUGAUGGCUCUGCUGGUCUCACUUCCGGGAGGGAAUCAGGCCAUGGCUUGGAUCCUGCUUCUGCUGAUGUCAGCUGCGUGUCUGCAAGCUGGUCAAUCAGUAGGACCCAACAGAGAAAGACUCUUCAAUGUUAUUCAGCCAGAACACCUCUCUGGUGUGGAAGGCGGCUCCAUCGAAAUCCCCUUCUCGUUCUACUUACCCUGGGAGUUGGCAGAGGAUCCAGAGAUGAGGAUUUUCUGGAGAUGGAAGCACUUCCAUGGGGAAUUUAUCUACAACUCCACCCCACCUUUCAUACAUGAGCAUUUCAAGAACCGGCUCAUCCUGUACUGGACACAGCCUCAGACAUCCGGAGUCCUCAGAAUCCUGGACUUGAAGGAGAAGGACCAGACAGUGUACUUCUGCCGAUUUCAACUGAACUCAAAACGAGGCAUGGAGAGUUUGCAGUCAGUUGCAGGGACCCAGCUGACCAUCACCCAUGGCAUCAGCACCACCAUGCAGAGCCCCUCCAUCGUCACCUCUGCAGUCACCACAGCUGGCCUGGAGGACACAGAGGGCCAGAGGAAUCCUUCACUUGUGAACCUGGGAGCCACAGUCGGGGUGGUGGUGGCCACAGCUGUGCUCAUAACCCCCGUCUGUGUGUUGAUGGUCUUCCUCUGGUGGAAGCCAAGGCCAGCAGACUAAAGAUGAACCCCAGCUAGGGGAAAGCCUGUCAUCUAAAGGAGCAGCUGAGGGGCUGUGUGGUGAUUUGAAAAAGAAUGACCCCCAUAGGCUCAAGGAUUGGUAUGCUUUGUCACAAGGCAGUGGCACAUAGGAUGUGUGGCCUUGUUAGAGCAGGUGUGGCCUUGCUGUAGGAACUGAGUCAGUGAGGGUGGACUUUCACACUUCAAAUCCUCCAGCCAGGACCAGUGUCUCCCCCUCUCUUCCUGCAGUCUGCUCUCUGAAUGUAGAAUGCUCAGCUACAUCUCCAGCACCAUGCCUGCCUGUGUACCACCAUCCUUCCUACCUUGGGGAUAAUCAACUAAACUAUUGAAACUGUAAGCCAACCCCAAUUAAAUGUUUUCCUUUAUCAGA